AAACAAUUAUCUAUGGUGGAAGAUGGAGAAAAUGUUUCAUCUUCAAUUGUGGCGCCAUCAGCUGAAAGCGAGAGCAAAGUCAAUGUGGUGAAAGCCAAGGCAACUUCUGUCAUCAUGAACUCACUUAUGACAAAGCAGACACAGGAAAGCAUACAGCGAUUUGAGAAGCAGGCUGGUCUAACAGAUGCAGGUUACCAACCACACAAGGGCCUUGUUGCAGAGGAGGCCAGCUAUCACCGUGUUGGGGAAGCCUUACAGAAAUUCAAGAUACAGAGUGUGGAUUCAAAAAAAGAAGAUAAGCAGAUAUCCACAUCAGCCCAGUCAACACCCACAGGGACUCCACAGGCCUCACCAAUGCCAAAUCGCAGAUAUUUGUUUGGCCAGGGAGCAACUUCUGAUUUGAGCAGUAAAAGUCUAGAUGGAGACUUUUCUACACUUUCCAGUGACUCAACUGCAGCUGAAAAAUGGAGACCUUUCAUGCUUACGCAGAAUUUCAAAGCAACUGAACCAGGUGCCUUUGCUAUUCAAAAUUACAAAGGUUUACAAAAGCCUUCCCCUAUGGACAUCAUGCGUACUCAGGGCACUGCUGCUCAGAUAGCAGAAGAUCAUGCAAAUUUGAAACCACCCAACAUGGAGCUAUCGGUGCUAGAAGGACAAAAAAAGCAGCCUCUGCGUACCUGUGUUGUAAAGCCCAGAGAUCUAAAUAUCUUUGCUCCUACAGGCUUUUAGUGUAUUACACCAUGUUUUAAAUUGUGUUGGCUGUGUGCACCUGUUUGAGAAAACCUUUUUAACUUCCUCCUUACCCAUAAGAUCAUUAUUUGCUAUUGUCUAGCUAUCCUUAUUCUUUUAAAGACUUUAUUUUUAAAAUGCGGGACAAAAUUAGCAGAGAAGGAAGAGCAGCUUGAAUUCUGUUGUAGAAUCAGAGCCUGUUUGGAAUACUUAAAAUUCAAUGCUCAUUUGCACCAAAAAGCUUGAAUUGCAGCAUUUCUGUUGUCUUUACCAUGUUCACUGCUCCACAGCCAAAAAAGAACACUUGCAGCCAAGUUGGAAAAUGAGAGCCUUGGUGUUGAUAUGAUAUGUGCUGAGGUUUCUGGUUAUAAUCCACACUGACUAGCAAGCUUGGUUUCAUGUAGCCUUGUAAAAUGUAACUAACAAGGUGUUAGGAAAUGCAUUUUGGUUCCUGUGAGGUCAGGAGAAAAACUGUUGAGAUAGCACACAAUACUAAAGAGCCACCUGUACACCUCUAUUUAUGGAAUUGUAUGAUAGUUAAAUAAACUCUUGCACCUAAUUCUGUGGCUGUAUUUCAGGUCCUGUUUUUUUCCAGUUUGGCAUAUGUUGUGGUAACUAUAUUUUAUAAUGGGUGACUAAACAGACUUGCUGAUCAAAGAUGUACUGUGCUCAAGCCUUUCUGAUUUGAUGCAUUUUAAAAAAAAAAAAUCAAGAACUUUGUACAAAUCAGGCAUAUACUGUAAAUCUAGUUUUUUAAAUAACAACAUUGUGGUACAAAUUGAUAGGAUUUUCUUUUGUAUCUAGAUGUGUUGCUAAAGGUUUUUGUAAAAUUUUACAGUCCAAGUUUAUUUUUCAUGAGACAAAUGAUGCAUUCCUUUUUCAUGGAUUGAUUUUAAAUUGACAUUUGAACUCUUGACAUUACAACUCUAUUGAUACCAUGAACACUUUUUUUUUGUAAGUGAGACUUACUUCUAAAACUGCCAUAGGUCAUUUUAUUAUUUAUCAGUAUUUCUGUUAGGGUAUUUACUUUUGUCUGGUUGGUUGUCUUCAGUCUAAACUACAGAUAUGUAGAAUCUAGAUACUGAGCAAUUGUGAUAUUCCUUUAAUUUAAAUUGUUAAACUGAGCAUUUAAAACCUUGGUUAGAUUUUUAAUCCCUUGAAACAAGUGGAUUAUUAUCAGUAUUAAAAUAACAAUUGAAAAAUUUU